AAAACGCAAGGUUUAUUUAAUAAAAUUUGGAAACAAACGAAAAUCGUUUUCAAAUAAUUUUUGGAUGAAGUAAAAAAGAAUUAAUUUUUAAAAUUUUAUAAUGGAAUUACGUAUUUCACCUCAUUUGUGUGAAUUACAGUCGUAGUGAAAAAAAAAUGCUUAUUAUUUAUUAAAUAAGUAAAAGAAAAAUAAAACUUUGUGAAAUAUUGAAGAGUUUUAAUUAUAUUUUAUUAAAUUUAAUGUAAAAUAAAAUUGUGUCGAAAUGAAAUUUGUUGACAUAAAUUAUUAGUAUGUCUCAAAAAGAAUAAUUUGCAAGAAUAAUAAUAUGUUAAUCAAAUUUAUUUUAUUUUUUUUUUAAUUGGCAGUCAAUAACCUAAAAUAAAUGUUUUAAUUUAAAAAGAGUCAAUUGUGCUCUCAAAAAGCUUUAAGUAUAUUAUUGUUGUUAUUUUGAGAUUUAAGACUUUGAGUUAAAUCACUAAUUUACAUAACCAAUUUCGUUAUUUUUCUAGUAAAAAGAAUUCGUAGAUUUUGAAUAUAAAUAAUAUUCUAUUUGCAAUAUCUUAAUCAUAAAAAAUUAACUUUGAUAAUUAAAUAUUAAAGUUAAAACUCAAGUUGUUGGUAAUUAAGGAAUGUUUUCGAACGGUCUUCCUUGUAAUUUACCAUUUCCAAGCUGUCUAGGCGGACCAGGAAAAGACAGUGGCAGUGACGAAUUAUUACCAACAGGCAUGGGGAAUCGUGAACCAGUGAUAUUAAAUGUCUAUGAUAUGUAUUGGAUAAACGAAUACACAACAUCAAUUGGAUUAGGAGUUUUUCAUUCUGGCGUUGAAAUUUUUGGCACCGAAUUCGCAUAUGGCGGUCAUCCAUUUCCAUUUACAGGUGUUUUUGAAAUUUCGCCAAGAGAUCACGAUGAACUGGGUGAUCAAUUUAGAUUCCGUCAAAGUAUUCAAAUUGGUUGCACAGAUUUCACAAAUGAAGAUGUACGUAGAAUAGUAGAUGAAUUAGGCAACCAAUUUCGUGGUGAUAGAUACCAUUUAAUGAAUAAUAAUUGUAAUCAUUUCUCUAGUUCACUGACACAGAUUCUUUGCGGCCAAGAAAUACCAAGUUGGGUUAAUCGAUUAGCUCAUUUUAGUUCUUGUGUGCCAUUUCUUCAAAGAUGUUUACCAAGAGAGUGGUUAACGCCGAAUGCCUUACAACAGUCAAUCACAGCCAUUCAAGAUAGAGAUUCGGAUACGAGCCCACUUUGAAAAUAAAUUAAUUUAAUUUUAAUAAAUUUAAAGUUGAUUUUGAAAAUGAGAACUUUAAAAAUUAAAUUUUAAAAUUAAACUGAGAAAAGAAAACGUCUUUAUAAUUGUUAUAUAAAUAUUAAAUUGAACAACAAUUAAUUAUAGUUUUUAAUUGCCAUUAAUUAUUAAGUAAGAAAAAUAAUAUAAACUUCAUAAAACUCAAAAGAAAAGAAAAAACAAAACAAAAGCGAACAAAAAAACAAACAUCAUGUGCUAAAUAUAUAAAAAUUAUAAAUUGAUAAAAUUUUAAUUCAUAAAAGGAGUCAACUUUAAAAUUAAUUGUAUAGAUUAAUAGUAAUAAAACCUAAAUAUAAAAUUUGUUCACCCCAUUAAAUAUUAUUUUAUAAUAAGUCAUAAA